AUGGAUCGCGCCACCCUCGGCGCGCUUUUGCUGCUGCUUUCGUGUCUCGCGGUCUCACAAGUUGCAUGCGUUCCUCUUGCCGAGUCCCAGGCGCAAGUCCUGCUGGACUGUCAGAAGGCGUGGAACACUACGAUCGAUGGCUGGGUGGUUGGUGGGGACUGCAGCAAGGCAAUGAACGUCACGUGCGAUGCCAAGGGCAUGAUCACAACCAUAUCCCUGCAGUACAGCAAUAUCAAUGGUUCAAUCCCUGACUCCAUUGGCAACCUUGCAAAUAUUCGUACUUUAUCCCUGCAGUACAGCGCGCUGAGUGGUACCAUUCCGGAUUCCAUCAGCAAGCUUGCAAAUCUCCGUACCCUAAGCUUUUCGUACAACAGCUUGAGCGGCACAAUCCCGGAGUCCAUCGGCAAGCUUGCAAAUCUCCGUAGCCUGAACCUACAGUACAACAAAAUUUCUGGCUCACUUCCUGAAUCCAUUGGAGAGCUCACACGGCUUGAUUAUUUCUGGCUUCUCAGUAACAACCUAAGCGGCUCGAUACCAGUGUUUUUGAGCAGGCUUCGGUCUGUGACCUACUUUAACUUGGGCUACAACAGCUUCACGGGCACAAUUCCCGACUUCUUCACCACGCUUACUAAUCUCGCUGGCUUAUUUCUCCAUUCUAACAAGUUGAUCGGGCCAAUACUACCAGGACUGAGCAACCUUCACGUGUGUAGAGACUUGUACCUUCACGGCAACAUCUUAACAGGGCCGAUUCCUGACUCCAUUACCAAGCUCUCAACCCUUCGUGUCUUUUACGCUCAACGAAACAGACUGACUGGGUCAAUACAAGAAGGAAUCGGAAAGCUUCAAUAUCUUCUUAUCUUGAAUCUACACAGCAAUCGCUUAACUGGAUCCAUUCCAUCCACUAUUGGCCGCUUGACCAGCCUGACAGAGUUAGUCCUUCACAACAACAGCCUGGACGGAACGAUUCCCGACACCAUUAUGAGAACUUCCAGUCUGGUGGAUUUACGCCUUGGUGGAAACAAGCUGUUGGGAUCGAUACCAGGGGCGAUUGGCAACCUUACAGCCUUGACAAGACUAUCCCUUGCCAACAAUAGCCUGAGUGGCACAAUCCCUGACUCCAUUGGCAACAUUCCAACCCUCGCUUCCUUGUAUCUCAGCAGAAACAAACUGACAGGAACAAUACCAGCAACAUUAGGCAACUUUCAAUUCCUGACCGACUUAGAUUUGUCAUCAAAUGGCUUGACAGCAUCGAUUCCAUCCACCAUCGGACGCAUCAGCACCUUGGCAUACUUGAACCUCUCGUUGAACUCACUGUCUGGUUCCAUGCCAAGCUCGUUCGCGCGCCUUGCGGGCUUGCAAAUUCUAGACCUAGCCAACAACAGCCUGUCAGGCAGCAUCCCCCAGCUUAUAGGCAGCCUUAACCAACUCUCCAACUUGAAUGUGAGUGGAACUGGCCUUACCUGCCCUGGUGACAACACCCCAUGCGUGGCGCAACAGCAAGCUCAAAGCGCCUUUUGCCGCCACUGCCCCUCCUUCUGCACCACCUGCGUCAAGACAGCACCCCCGCCCACCUCCCCAUUGCCAGGGAACACGACAGCGCCCCCAUCCUCCCCCAUUGCUUCCCCAGCGCCACCCCCCUCGCCUGCAACCUCCACCUCCCAGUCCAACGGCCUGUCAGCAGCAGCCAUUGCUGGCAUUGUUGUGGCUGCUGUGGCUUCCCUGCUGCUGCUGGUGGUUGGGGGGCUGCUAUGCUGGCGGAAUUACUCAAAAGGGAGAACGCAAGAGGAAGCGAGAGCAGAUAAGGAAAGCGGGGAUGCAGUCCUACGAGUGAAAGCGGAUUUAGAAGGUCUGGCGGGCAGCGUGGCGGCGUGGCACUGCACGGAGUACUCCCUGGAGGAGCUCUCUGCCAUUUUGAAGGAGAUUGUACCGUCCACAUGGUUCCGACAUUUAAAAGCGCCCUCUCGCCUCACCUUGAAGCAGCAGCUGGACAUUCUCAUUGGUGCUGCACGUGGCUUGGAGUACCUUCACAGCUUUGGCCUUGUGCAUCGCGACAUCAAGCCUGCCAACAUCCUCCUCACAGCAGACCUGCAGGCCAAGGUUGCGGACUUUGGACUUGUGAGGGUGGAGGAGGGCACCACCGUGGGCACCACUCGAGUGAUGGGAACACCGGGCUAUGUGGAUCCCAUCUACUCACGCACCUCCAAGGCAACCCGGGCCACCGAUGUCUAUAGCUUCGGUGUGCUCAUGCUUGUGGUGCUCACAAGGCGAAGCCCAUCCGUCUCGGUUGAUGGAGAGAGCGUGCCUAUCCUGAAAUGGGUGAGGGCGUGCAUCUCCGACACCUCUCCCAACUUGAAGGACCUGAGCAUGGACGCCCCAGAAGAUGCUGUGCUGCGCAUGGCCCGGCUGGCUCUCAGCUGCACUGUGGAGCGCACUGCCAGCCGGCCGAGCAUGGCAAGCAUUGCCAAUGAGCUGCAGAACAUGAGGAAUGAGGUGGUGGGGAGAGAGGAGCUGCCCGCAGCAAUCAAAGUGGAUGCGCAAGCCCAAGAGAUCAGGGGCUCAUUGUUGAAAGAUGCUCAUCUGCACUGCGUUGACGAACUGCUGCAGGGAAAUUCUUUUUAG